CCUACAUACACAUAUUCCCUAAAGCAGUGGAGGUCAACACGGAUCUAAUGAAAGCCUGACGGCUUCUAAUAUCUCCAAAUUCAUUGUCCAACAUAUUAUUCUGUACAACAUUAUAAUUAAAUAAAUGCACGAAAACAAAUAAGGUUAACAUGAAUGAAACUAAAGAAUUUUCCGUGCAUAUGGCAUUGUUGGCGAUAUUCUUUUCUAGCUUUUGUAUUCAUGACAUAAAAGCAAUAACCGUAAACAAUGAAGAACAUUUCCCAUAUUCAACCAGGACGAUAGCAAAGACUACCAGUGGUGACAUUUAUGAUUGCAUCGACAGACAAAGCCAAACAGGUUUUAAAGUUCCAACAUUACAUAAGCCUAAUGUUUCGUUUAAGAACGAAUCAAAAGGUUUCGACUUGGAUGAAAUAUGGUCAGGCAAACCUUGCCCUCCUGGAACUAUACCAGUUCCACAGAAGACUGGAAAACUUCAAAAGUAUACCUUCCCACCAAAGUCAUUUCUUAGAGACGGAGAAAGUUAUAGCGGCGGAACUGAAUUUGUAGGAAUUAUUGUUAAUGAAGGGGAAUUAAUGGGAGCAUAUGCUGAGAUCACUAUAUGGAAUCCGAAACCAAUUCACCCUGGUCAAUUCAGUGCCGCUUCAAUAUUGGUUGAAAAUGGGGAAGAUGCAAUAGAAGCGGGAUGGAUUGUCCAUCCAGAUCUUUAUCAAGAUACUCAAACUCGCUUAUAUACUGCUUGGCGGACUGCAACGGGAGGUUACUAUAAUGUGGACUAUCCGGGAUUCGUGAUAGUUAAUGAAGAAAUUCCACUGAACUAUGUUUUUCCUCGAACCUCUAAUGCAUGGGGAGAAAUUGAUCAAGUUGCAAUUACAAUUCAACGAGGAGAUGAAGCUGGAAAUUGGUAUUUAACUGUGAACGGAAAUGUUCUUGGUUUCUGGAAAGGUGAACUUUUCUCGAAAUUGGCUAAUUCUGCGGCUACAAUCCGAUUUGGAGGCCAAGUUUACAGUCGUCCGCCUACCAAAGACAGUCCACCAAUGGGAAGUGGACGCUUUGUUAAUAAUAACCAUAUAAGGACAUGUUAUAUGCAAAAUGUUCAGAUUCUUAUGGACGAGUUCGUGCCGCCACCAAGCUACACAAAAAUUGAUCUUACACGUUGUUACGCUUGUGGUGGAGACAAUUAUGUUGAUCAACCUAAACGUGGUGUUAAAGGAUUUCAUUUCUAUAUUGGAGGAAAAGGUGGACACGACGGUACCUCUUGUGUAUAUGUUUAGUUUACUAGAACAUGUGCAUUUCAUUUCUUGUUUGUGAUAUCCAUGUCAGUUCUUGACUUUAAUUCAAUUAUCAUAUCAGUCAAUUUAUGGAACUCCUUCAUACUAGGGUUGAGCUAGGGUGAUAAUAAGAAUUGUUUUAGUUUCCUAAUUGGCAUUUUUUGUUGUAUGUUCGUUGUGGGUUUUUUUAUAAUCAUUAUUUUGUACAGAAUAGUCCUAAAAAGGAUGGCUC